AUGUACAACGGAGGCGACCACUACGACGGGAACGGCGGCGGCGCCGCCAACGCCAACAGCCUCUUCAGCGGCGGCGGGUUCAUGCCCUCGCAGACCACCAACACCCCGGAGGGCAGCGGCGGCAUCACCAAGACUCGCGGCGCGCAGACGCUGCUCCCGCUCACCGUCAAGCAGAUUAUGGACGCGUCCCAGACCAACGACGACAAGUCCAGUUUCGCUGUCAAUGGCACCGAGGUGUCCACGGUUAGGCUUGUAGGACGCAUGAUGAAUAAGGCAGAGCGGAUGACAGAUGUACGAUUCAUUCUUGAUGAUGGUACAGGCAGGAUAGAAGUGAAUCGCUGGGAAAAUGAGACAUCGGACACUACAGAAAUGGGUUUAGUCAAGGAUGGUGACUAUGUUAUUGUCAAUGGUGGUCUGAAAAGCUUUCAAGGGAAGCGUCACAUUGUUGCUUAUUCCGUGCGGCUUGUAACCAACUACAAUGAUAUAACACAUCACUUUCUGUACUGCAUUUAUGUGCAUUUGGAUCUUGCCAAGGCUAAGAAAUCUGGGACACAGCCUCAAGUAACUGCUAAUGCAUCAUGGAACCAAGCUCCGCCCCCUAAUAAUCAGGCCCCAACACUAUCUGCAUCUGGGAAUGCUGGUGGGCAAGAUUUAACUGAUAUGGUCAUGAAUGUUUUUCAUGACCCAAUGCUUGUAAACCUGGAGCAUGGAGUUAGUAUCGAACAGGUUGCAAGCCGUCUUAACAUAUCAGAUGCACUUGCCAGGUCGACUGUUACACAUCUUAUUGAUGUUGGCAACCUCUAUCCAACUAUCGAUGACAACCAUUACAAGUCUACACUGAAUGGUUGA